GCUUGUGAACCCUCCUCUCCCCGAGCCAGCGCCCCUCCUCUGCAGCGCUGACGGUACAACGAUAUAAUAAUGAUGGGUGGCUGAGGCUCGCAUUUGAACUUGCAGGCUCGCUCCCUUUGCCCGCAGCUCGGAGUCAGGUGCUCGCCGGCGAGAAGCGAGCGAAGGAAGGGGACAGCGAGCUCCGGCACAAGGGGAGAGCCCGGAACCACCGGCUCCUUCCAGCACUAACGAGGGGAUUUACUCUUUCAUGCGGCCACUGGGAUCUCUGGACUAGCCCAGCCACCACGUUGUGAUUUUUUGCUAUCUCUGCAAUACGCUACCUUUUAAGGUCAAGAUGUUGUUAAGUAUAAAAAGUAUCUUAUGGAUGUACUCUACGUUAGCUAUAACAUAUAUGCUACCUAAAGUCAAAGCAGAAAAAAAAACUCUGGUCAAGGGAUCUCUCUCUGGAACUUCAGUCCUGCCAUGCUUCUUUUCAACCACACCCACCAUAUCCUCCAGCUACGCUGCCGAGUACCUCCGGAUCAAAUGGUCCAAGGUGGAACUGGACAAAAGCGGGAAGGACGCCAAGGAAACCACGGUCCUGGUGGCCCAAAAUGGCAACAUCAAAAUAGGCCAGAGCUACAAGGACAGGGUGUCUGUCCCCAGCCAUUCCGAGGAGACCGGGGAUGCCUCGCUGACCUUCUCCAAGCUGCGCGCCAGCGACGCCGGGGUCUAUCGCUGCGACGUCAUGUAUGGAGUGGAGGACACGCAGGGCAUCGUCUCUCUGGCUGUUGAGGGUGUUGUGUUUCACUACCGGGCUGCCACGAGCAGGUACACCCUGAAUUUCACACAGGCCCACCAGACCUGCCGGGACAACGGCGCCGUCAUGGCCAGCCCAGAGCAGCUGAAAGCAGCCUACGAGGAUGGGUUUGAGCAGUGUGAUGCUGGCUGGGUGUCUGACCAGACUGUCAGGUAUCCAAUUAGACAUCCAAGAGUUGGCUGCUUUGGAGAUAAGAUGGGAAAGAAAGGAGUUAGGACGUAUGGGCGCCGCUUCCCUAACGAGACUUACGAUGUUUAUUGCUACGUGGAGCACAUGGAAGAUGAAGUGGUCCACGUCUCAGCCCCGCAGAAGUUCACCUUUGAGGAAGCUAGGGAGCUGUGUGAGGAGCGAGGCGGGGUCCUGGCUUCCGUGGGGAACCUCUACGUGGCCUGGAGGAACGGCUUUGACCAGUGUGACUACGGGUGGCUGGCGGACGGCAGCGUCCGGUACCCGGCCUCCGUGGCGCGGCCCCAGUGCGGCGGGGGUUUACUUGGGGUGAGAACCCUGUACCGCUAUGAGAACCAAACAGGCUUCCCUUACCCCGAUAGCAAGUUUGAUGCCUACUGCUAUGAACCUAAAAAAGUCACAACAGAGCCUCCAACCAUCGAGCCUGUGACAUCCCUGAGAACUGACAGCGUGAAAUUGUCUCCUGCUGGAGAGCCUCUCGAGCCUCCCAUCUCUGAGACUCCACUCACUGAAGUGCCUGCCACCCAAACAGUUUCUUUGGAUGAAACAACCCCAGAGUCUGAAGAAGACACAGAAAUGACUACUGAUGUGGCUGAGGAGAAAAGGGAGAUGGAGGUGCUCAUGGAGAACAUUCCCUUAACCACCCUUCUACCUCAGACUGUCACUGACAGUGAAAUAUUCACCUAUGACACCCUGGGAAGGACUGAAUACGAUGUCUCACCCAGGCUAACAGACACCACGGCCCCAGAUUUGGAACUGGACCACACUUACUCUGAAGCAGAGUUGCCCGAGGAACAAGAAGCAACAGAAACAACUGCAAAACAUAAGGUGUUCCCAGAACUCUCCACACUGGACCAAGGUUUGGAACCAAGGACUGCCACGCUUUCUGUGAUAUCUGCCCACACACAUGAACCAGAAAUGUCACCAGGAUCUGAAUGGCCCCAAACAGCAGUUCAGGAUGAGACAGGCUCUGCUUAUGAGGAGAUGUACCCCGCCACAGAUGCGUCUGUGCCUGCAGCGACGCUCACAGACCAUGGAGGAGUUCCGGCACCUGAGGAAACCAGCACCUGGUUGCACCUCACGGUGACUCCAACAGCUGGAACUGCUCCUGACCAGGAUGAGGAGGUCACUGAGGUGAUGCCCAUAACUGCUGGAACUGAAGCAAAGAUACAGGACAGCCCAGGAACCCCCACCAGGGAGGAAGAUGAUGCAGUGAGCUGGGAUUCUGUGCCACCCUCCCAUACGAUGCCAGCAGGACAUUCCACUGUGGAAAGCUUUACUGACCUGACUCUGGGAGCUUCUCCAAGCCAGGCUACGGAAGGUUCAGGAAUGACUAGAGAACCUGAGGAAACCGGGCCAGCUGUAUUUGCAGCUACUGCAACAGAUAAGGCAAUAAUUCUCAGCAGCAUGACAACACCUUCCCUUGGUGCUACAGACAAAAUUCAGCCUACAUCUGCAACCAAGCCUUUUAUCACUCAGAAGUCCCCACGCAUCCUUCCUGGGGAGGAAGAGGAGGUAACAAGCCAUGACAUCAUCAUAAUUGGUGAAUCUGUUUCUCCCAGCAAAGCCACUGCUGAGGAUGAUCUGCCAGGAAAGAUGCUGGAGCCAGAAAUUGAUAAGGAAUAUUUCACAGCGUCAACUGCCACGGCAGUGGCACGACCUACUGCUCCACCCCAAGUGAAGGAGGCCACACAGGCCUUGCAGCCUCAGGAGGUGUCUCCUUCUACUUCACACCCUGAUAAUGACAUAAGAUUGUAUGUUAUUCAAAUCACAGGCAAUGACACAGGCCAAGAUCCAUGCAAGAGCAGCCCCUGCCUCAACGGUGGUACCUGCUACCCACGUGGUUCCUUCUACAUCUGUACCUGCCUGCCAGGUUUCAGCGGGGAGCAGUGUGAAUUAGAUAUCGAUGAGUGCCAGUCCAACCCGUGCCGGAACGGAGCCACGUGCAUCGACAGCCUCAACACCUUCACCUGCCUGUGCCUGCCCAGCUACAUCGGGGCUCUCUGUGAGCAAGACACCGAGACCUGUGACUACGGCUGGCACAAGUUCCAGGGGCAGUGCUACAAGUACUUUGCGCACCGGCGCACGUGGGACACGGCGGAGCGGGAAUGCCGCCUGCAGGGAGCACACCUGACCAGCAUCCUGUCCCACGAGGAGCAGAUCUUCGUCAACCGUAUUGGCCAUGACUACCAGUGGAUUGGCCUCAAUGACAAGAUGUUUGAGCGUGACUUCCGCUGGACUGAUGGUAGCCCAUUGCAAUAUGAGAACUGGAGACCAAACCAGCCAGACAGCUUCUUUUCUGCUGGAGAAGACUGUGUUGUAAUAAUCUGGCAUGAGAACGGGCAGUGGAAUGAUGUCCCGUGCAAUUACCACCUCACUUAUACCUGCAAGAAAGGAACAGUGGCUUGUGGCCAGCCUCCUGUCGUGGAGAAUGCAAAGACCUUUGGGAAGAUGAAGCCCCGUUACGAGAUCAACUCCCUCAUCAGAUACCACUGCAAGGACGGCUUCAUCCAGCGCCACAUCCCUACCAUCCGCUGCCAGGGGAACGGGCGAUGGGAUAUGCCCAAAAUUACUUGCAUGAAUCCCUCCACAUACCAAAGGACUUACUCUAAGAAAUACUACUACAAACACUCCUCAUCAGGCAAGGGGACGUCGUUAAACUCAUCCAAGCACUACCACCGCUGGAUCAGGACGUGGCAGGACUCGAGGCGCUGAGAGCUAAAUGGUGAAUUGGGGAUUUCCACCAUUUCAGCCAAAGUCGUAACUUUCUGUGCCUUUUUCUAUCACUUAUAGGAGUAUUAUCGAAUCGUUUUGAAACUAUGGACUGCAGUAUUCACGACGCGUUUUGCAAAAAAAAAAAACCGGAAAAAAAUAAAAAUUACGGUGUUUAUCAGAAAAUUUAAGAAAUAAAUAAAAAAGAGGAGAAGUGCUUAUGGGGAUAAAAGGAAACCAUUUCCAGCCUAUAAAGAUUAUUAGUUUUCUAUAUGCCAUCGGUGUGGACCAUUUUAUGAUAUGUACCAGCCUUCUGCAAUAUUUAAGCAGCUCAAUUUUAGCA